AUGUGCGUAUUGAAGACAACAUCUGUACCUACCUACCUCAUAUCUACAUUCGAGUCAUUGCGAAGAAGCGUGGACUAUAGAAUCAAAGAAGAAGCCAGACUAACAAGAGCAUUAUUUGCUACAAAUAGUAGUUAUGUUAAUAUCGAAAAAAUAUUACAAGAACAAACUAUGACUGAUUUACCAAAAAUGGAUUUAUCAAGUUUUAUAGAUUUUGAUGAUGGAUUGAAAAAUGACAUUGAAUUAAUGAAAAAUCUAGCAAUUAUAAAUUCUUUAUAA